AGAUUAAAUAGUUGUCUAAUACGGUCGUUAGGCGGGGGCCUGUUAGCUUGAAGAAGUAAGUCCAAAUAUUAGAUCAAUUUUAAAAAAAGAACCUGAAUUACUACCUAAUUCUAAUUCAAAACCUCACCCUAACCCUAUUUAAGGCCUAUAUAAGACGCUCACUCUAAGGGAUCUGAGUCACAUUUACAGAAGGUUACUAGUCUGUUGUGAUAGCGUUUUUGCAAGCCAUUCGUCUUAACUCUCGUUCGAUUUUAUAAUUGAUAAAAUGGAGUUCCGUUUUGUGGCCGCCAUUCUCUUGAUCGCAGUGUCAACAGUCUACAGUCAAAGUAUCAUGACUCUGUGUCAGCAGACACAAAUUAGAGCCGGAUCACAUUUUGUCCGAUCACCAAAUAACUGCAGUGAAUUCUACUUAUGUAAUGCAAUGUUUCCCAUACCGAUGGCAUGUGGUUAUCGAACUGUGUUUUCUCAAUCUCAACAAGUCUGUGUGUGGCGGGGCAGCCAAUAUGAUGACUGCGACAAACCAGUUUAUGGAGGAAGAUUCGAUGAUCCUCUCUGUAACCAAUACCCAGACGGCAUGAACCGUGACCCUGCUGACUGCCACAGGUAUAUUCCCUGUUUCAAGCGUACCUCAUACCCUUCCAUGCCGUGUCAAUUCAAUCUUUUCUUUGACCCCCAAACUCAAAGAUGUAGCGAAAUUCCUCCGCCAUAUUGUCAAAACCAAUAAUUGCGUUUCAAGAUCAGCAAUUAUCGCAAGGCUGUUUUCUGUAACCAGUAAGACUUGAAAUACAAUAACUUUUAGAAAUGUUUUUUUGUGAAAAAUAAAGUUCUUUAAAACUGCAAA